UCAUAUGAUUAUCAAUGAAGAAAAUUUUAAACUCGAAAAUGAAUUACAUACAGAACUAAUUCUUAAUAAAAGUGAAAUAUUAGAUGAAAAUGUCGUAAUGGAAGUGGAACGGAUUAAAAAUGAAAUCCCAGAAGAAGACAGCAAUGAUAGUGAAAGUGAUGGUGUUGUGAGUGUAAAACAUGAACCUGUGAGUGAUGAAAAUGAUAAACAUUUGUACACAAUUAAUUAUGAAAAUAUUAAACUUGAAAAAGAAUUACAUACUGAACUGAUUAUUAAAGAUGAAAUAUUAGAUGAAACUGUUUUAGGAGAAAAAUUAUUUUAUUGUGAUUUUUGUAACAAAACAUUUAAUCAUCAAAGUGCUUUAAUUCUACAUAAACGUAUUCACACCGGAGAGAAACCAUUUUCAUGUGAAAUUUGUAAUAAAACAUUUACUCAGCAAGGUUAUUUAACUAAACAUAACCGCAUUCACAGUGAAGAAAAACCAUUUUCAUGUAAUAUUUGUAAUAAAACAUUUAAUCAACAAGUUCGGGGGUAACAAAGCAGAUACAAAUUUGUAAAUAAAAUAAAAUUGCCGUUGUAUGAUAUUCGUAUAACAAAUGGAAAAAAUUUUUGAGCAAUGUGCUGUAAUCAAAAUGAGAUUAAUAUAAAUAAUCAUGAAGACCGAUUGAUGGGAGCCCGUAAAUCAACUACCAUGGUGAUGGAUAGUCAUUUUUUUCAUCACCUUAUCAAAAAAGGUUGAAAUACCGAAGUAACAUUGUAUAUGGUGGCU